CGUAUGUUUUUUGACUCGCGAGCCGCUUCGCGCGCGCAUGAUGCGAGCCGUCGGCUGUCGGUUUUUUGGACCCGCUCAAAAGAAAACGUGCGUGCGUUGCGAUUCAGUGUGGACGGUGAAAUUGACGUGUUUAGUAAUUUUCAACGUGCGUGCCUCGUGUUGUAAAAGUUUGUUUAGUUUACAUUAGCCAUUACGACGGAUCAUAGCAGAAUUAACAAUAUGGAAUGGAGUAACGACAAAUGUUUGGAGCUAAUCGACAUCUACGAAAAGUAUCCUGUGUUGUGGGAGCCCAAGCAUAAAUUUUAUUUUUCGAAAACAAAGAAAAAUGAUGCGUGGGACGAAAUCUCCAAAAUAAUGAAUGUGGAUGCCAAAACGGUGAAAAUAAAAAUGAAUAGUCUGCUAGGCUCCUUCCGCAGUCAGAAAAGCAAAGGAAAAAAAACUAUUGGUACCGGAAAAGCACGUCAAGAAGUGUACAUAUCGAAAUGGUUUGCGUUUGAAAGGAUGCAUUUUUUGCUUGACCGAGACGCUCCCCGAGAUACACUGGACACAGAAAAAGAUUUGGAUACCGAAGGUAGUGGAGAAGAAAAUGGCGAAAUGGAUCUGUCUUCCGUUCCGGUGGAGGACGAUAGUGAGGUGGUCAUCAGGGAAGAUGAAGACGAAGUACAAGUAGAUGAGACACAAGAAAAAGAAAAUGCAAAACAUGCUAAACCCCCGGCCAAGAAAAAACCAAAAAAACAACAUCACGAAGAGAGUAACUCCUUAUCUAAAGAAGCUCUUCGAAUUUUGCAGGACACGCACACUCGCUAUCUUGCGAAACAAAACCAAGACCCGCUGCAAGAUCGCUUUUCUAUAUAUGGCCAACAUGUAGCUAAUAAGCUAAGAGGAUAUUCAAAAAGGUGCCAUGCUAUAGUCGAGCAUGAAAUCAACAAUGUGCAAUGA